UGAUAAUAAAUGGUAAGGAAUUUAAUUCUAUAAUCUACAACAUAAAGACCAAAAUAAUGACCGCUUGCUAAGGCAGGUGUGUUACCAGUAAUCCACAGCUAUAGAGUACUGGGUGUCACCUCAAAUACACCACUGUAUGUUGCGCUGAACAGUUUUGGUACCCUUUACUCAACUGAGUUCCAAAAGUAGCGAAUCUUUUUGCUUUAAGAUUUAGCAGCCAUUUCCAUCGCUACUUCCGGAGGGUCACAACGUUAGGGAGUUCGCUACUUUAAUUCAGGUAUCUAUAAUUUUUACUGUAUGAGGGCCAACCAUCUUGAGAAUGAGGAGGUCCUCAUCAAAAGAUAAAAAGGAUAAAUCUCGUGAAAAAUAUUUGAUAUUACAUGAAAACUGAGUAAUGCAUUCAGUGUGAAAUAAGAGAAUUUUAAAAAGAGAAAUGGGAACAGUUUUUUGAUGCUGUAAAGAUCCAAGCAUAACAACACCCAGAAUUUAAAAAUUUUUCAAACAAGCGGACAUCAAACACACAUGCAACUUGACUUCCUGAAACACUGUGGCGAUAACAAUGUCAGUUUUAAACUACAUGUUGUCAACAACUCCCUUCAGCGGCUAACAUAAUCAACUCCAACUUUCUGAUCACUCAGCUCUCUUAUACCGUAAAUUAAGAAGAAUCUGAACCGCUAAGGACAAAGAUCGAUUCCUUAAAAUUGUAGUUCAAAACCUCCCCAGCAAAUAUAUUUUCAUAAAGUAAACAACACGUUGGUCCACAUCCAUGUUUUCAUAUGUGCCAAUGUCUUAUGUCUCAAAUUAAACAUUCUCGACACGUUUUAACUACUCGAAAGUAAUGACGGUCAUUUCUUUCUGGCAGAACUUUUCAGAAAUAUCAUUUUGUUGUCUAUUUCUUCGACACUUGACAAGAAAUAUUUUCUGACCACCAAAAGGUAUUAAUUAAAGACGGUUAGAAAAAUAUAUCAUACAUUGUUUAAUAUUUCUGGGAUCUCUUCACCUGACACAUUACACUAUAUUUUUAAAAAUUCAUUCAUUCAUUAAAAUUCAAUCAAUUUGAAGGAAAGGAGUUCACUGUAAAUACAUGUAUGGUUUACCUUUGUCUUAAACAAAAAGAAUAAAAUAUCUGGUCACAUCUGCUAAAGGUUUAUGUCAACAAAAGUUGCUUCUCUACUUUGAACAUACGUCAUGGAUGUCUACGUGUUUAUUUCAAAUUUGACGUUUUCUGUGUGUACUUAACUGGAUAUUUUCAGCUGUUGUUUUUAUUCAUAAAAAAUGAGUUCUUCCUACCGCGAAUAAUACAAACGAGUAAGACACUUUGAAUAACGCGAAAAUGGAGCAGAAGAAUAGAUCGAAACAAAACAGAGGUGAAUUUCAUAAUGUCGAUUUUUUUAAGAAUUAAUAUUUGAAGUUUGAAUAAUUCAUUACUUCAGAUAUCACAUAUUAGCGCCAAAUGCGUAACUGUUUCAUCUAGACGUAUAUUGAACAAGGCAUCUCCAGCAUUUCCCGUUUAGGAAACAAAUCUUGACAAUCUACAUCCGCAAAUUUGAUCAGUUCUGCAAAACAUUUGCAACAUCAGCGUGCAUUAAUAGAAAGAUCAAAUCUCGAAAUACACUUUAUUUAAAUGUAAAGACCAAAGAAAAACGAAUCAGCGUUUGUUAUAAGCUCGUUAUUAGACAAGAAAUACUAGGAAAAAACGUCCAUUCGUCUGCCGGAAUAAAGCCAAUCUGUGUGUUUUAGGCGAGGUACCGUUCAUUAGCCGUCAAUAUCUAUCUAAUUUAUAUGCAGUUUUCAUAAGAUUUUCGUCACCUUUGACAAGAUGUCUGUGUGAAUAAUAUCAUUGUUGACAACCGUAUUUUUGCAAAUACAAAUCUUGACAAAUAACAGUGUUGAAGACACGGGAAGGAAUAACGUCGAAUCGACGUUACAGCAGUUACUGCGAUUCGGUGGCUCGUACAGUGAUGCAAAAUUGAGUUUGCUCCCUCGCGACAUAAACACAGUAUUGAGCAAACACGUAUGGCAUGUUCGAGUGCGAUUUCACUGAAUAUUGUAUGAAUAAUAAUGAUCAGAUAGAAAUCGCAAACAAGACCUGGCCGACAACUGGACCAACGUCUCGGGGCCUCCAACACGAUUUAUAAGUAUACAGGUUGAUAUGUCACCCUCAAGUUAAAUCCUUUGAUAUCAAAUGGAAAAUACCCUGCCUGUUUUGAUGCUGUUUUCGCUGUUCGCUUUAUCAGAUACUCUAUCAUGGAGCGUCAAACAAUCCACUGGUGUACACAGAGGUUCACCCGCCACACUGGAAUGGACAGUAUCAUUAUCUACAGAAGAAAAAUCCAGAGCUGACCGCUUUUCUUUAAUUCUCUUGGAACGGGAGAUGUUCCUUUACAGCAAUCUAUGGCAGAUUAUGGCCGUUAAACAGUUCUCUAGUGGAGUUCACCAGGAAAUUGGAAAUCACGACACCUUUGAUGUCAUUCCUGGAAAUGACAUGACGCUCCAGUUAAAAAAUAUCACAGACACUGAUGCCACCCGGUUUCGUUGUACAUUCCUCAGCUCCUUUGCGGCACCGAAGAGUGUCGUUGAGCUUGAAAUAAAAGAUUCCCCGAUACAUGUCCGUCUUGUCGGUGGUAUUACUCCCAAUAAGGGCAGAGUAGAGGUGUACCGAAGUGGAUUCUGGGGCACUAUAUGCAAUGACGGUUGGGAUAUCCCGGAUGCGUCAGUUGUUUGUCGAAUGUUAGGUUACCCUGGCGCCUGGACAGCCGGUUGUUGUACUGAAUAUCCCUGGGGGACUGGUCCGGUCUGGUUAAGUGAUCUGUCAUGUACAGGAGAAGAGAAGUCUUUAACAGAAUGUGUUCACAGUGGCUGGGGCAUCAAUAAGUGCAAUCAUGUAAAAGAUGCAGAAGUAGUAUGCUACACCCCAUCAACAGAGAAACACUCACAACAUUCCAGUGUGAUAACAGCGACACAAGCGUCGCCAUCCGUACAGGGUUCAAGUAUUCUAGUGUCAUCUACACCAGCUGCAGUUAAUUUAACUCGUGCUGCUUUAAUGUCAUCUUGGUCGUUCACAGCUUUCUCUUCUUCAGUAUUUUCUCCAUCUUCUUCAUUGAUGGUUCUUACAUCCCCAUCAGCCACCAUAAUACCUGGAGAAGAGAAGUCUUUAACAGAAUGUGGUCACAGUGGCUGGGGGAUCAAUAACUGUGAUCAUGGAAAAGACGUGGAGGUAAUAUGCCACAGUCCGCCGACAGAAAAACCUUCAGGGCUUUCCAGCGCAGUGACAAAGCCAACGAUCCAGACUUCCCAAACUCUACUACCAAGCGGAACAGCAAUAACAACGUCAAUAACAGUAUCCUCUGCAGUACAUUCCACUGUUAAAUCUACAACAAUACAUCGGAUGUCCCCAUCACUAUCCUCUAGCACAAUAACACCGAAUGUACAGAAAAUGUCGUCCUUUCGUACGUCCAGCACUCAAGUGUCGUCUACAUCAACUUCCUUCAUCAUGUCUCAAAAGGCUCCUUCAUCGUCUAGCUUGUUUUUAGUCGUUGUACCUUCAGUAGUAUCUCCCAGUUCAUCUUCAAUUGUGGUGUCGAGCUCGGUUACUCCUACGUUACCACCUGCUCCAAUAUUGCGAUUAAGUGAUGGCGGCGCGGCCGAUUUUGGCCGAGUGGAGAUCCUCUACAAUGGAACUUGGGGCACAGUCUGUGAUGACAGCUGGGAUAUUGAAGACGCUGCUGUAGUUUGUCGAAUGCUUGGCUUCAAAUACGCGUGGACCGCAAUCUCAUUUGGUGUCAGNGAGCACGACGUAGUAAACGUGACAUUAAUUGGCUCCAAAUUCCAGUUUCCUAUUAAGUUCAUUUAUUCAAUUCAAUCUCCAAUAGUGCGAUUAAGUGAUGGCGGCGCGGCCGAUUUUGGCCGAGUGGAGAUCCUCUACAAUGGAACUUGGGGCGCAGUCUGUGAUGACAGCUGGGAUAUUGAAGAUGCUGCUGUAGUUUGUCGAAUGCUUGGCUUCAAAUACGCGUGGACCGCUAUCUCAUUUGGUGUCUUUAUUACAAACAACGAUCUUGAUUUUUAUGGAACUGGGCCCAUUUGGCUCGAUGAUGUUAACUGUAACGGAAACGAGAGCUCUCUUAGCGAGUGCAGUCACAAUGGUUGGUUGGUUCAUAACUGCGAUCAUCUGGAAGACGCCGGAGUGUUCUGUGGUGAUUCACCAAGGCCAGCCAAUCAGAGCGUAUCAACAGUGGUUAAUGACGCUAACAAGCCUGUAGGACCACCAUCUGUUGAAGUUCGAUUAGUGAAUGGAUCAAGUAAUAGAGAAGGUCGUGUGGAAGUCUUUUAUAAUGGUGAAUGGGGGACUGUUUGCGAUGAUGACUUUGACAAACCAGAGGCAGAUGUCAUUUGCAGAAUGAUGGGCUUUCCCGGAGCCGUCUCUGCUGAGGUUGAAGCGACAUUUGGUGCCGGAGAUUCCAAUCAAAUCAUUCUACUUGAUGAGUUAUGGUGCAGUGGAUAUGAGACAUCAAUUGCUUCUUGUUCAUUCACAAGAUGGGGAUCAAGUGACUGCGACCACGAUGAAGAUGCAGGAGUAGUUUGCGCCCCAAUAGUGCGAUUAACUGAUGGCGGCAUUCCAAAUUUUGGCCGAGUAGAGAUCUUUCACGAAGGAACUUGGGGUACAGUCUGUGAUGACAACUGGGAUAUAAAAGACGCUGCUGUAGUUUGUCGAAUGCUUGGCUUCAAAUACGCGUGGACCGCAAUCUCAUUUGGUGUCAGUGUCGCAGAACAGGGCGUUGAACUUUAUGGAACUGGGCCCAUUUGGCUCGACGAUNAAGCGCAGUCACCUAUCUCCCUUAAAAGGACCGUCUCCGUUUUGACUGCGAACGAGCGUGUGCAACUUCUGCACAACGCACAGACAUCACUACUCGCUCCAAUAGUACGAUUGAGUGAUGGUUAUUAUAAUUUUGGCCGAGUAGAGAUUUUUCACGAUGGAACUUGGGGUACAGUCUGUGAUGACAACUGGGAUAUUAAUGACGCGGCUGUAGUUUGUCGAAUGCUUGGCUUCAAAUACGCUUGGACUGCUAUCUCAUUUGGUGUCAGAGUCACAGAGCAGGGCGUUGAUCUUUAUGGAACUGGGCCCAUCUGGCUCGACGAUGUUGACUGUAUUGGAAACGAGAGUUCCCUCAGCGAAUGCAGCCACAAUGGUUGGUUGGUUCACAACUGCGAUCAUCUGGAGGACGCCGGAGUGUUGUGUAGUGAUUCACCAAGACCAGCCAAUCAGAGCGUAUCAGCAGUGGUUAAUGACACUAACAAGCCUACACAACCACCAACUAUUCAAGUUCGAUUGGUAAAUGGCUCACGUGAUCAUGAAGGUCGUGUGGAAGUCUUGUACAAUGGUGAAUGGGGAACUGUGUGUAAUGAUUACUUCGAUAUACGAGAUGCAAGAGUCAUUUGCCGAAUGGCGGGUUUCCCCGGAGCCGCCUGGGCUGAAGUCAAAGGAAGAUUCGGUGCUGGAAACUCCAGUCAGAAAAUUUGGCUCGAUGACUUGUGGUGCAGUGGUUAUGAGACUUCUAUUGCUUCUUGCUCAUUCAGGGGAUGGGGAUCACAUAAUUGCGGCCACAAUGAAGAUGCUGCUGUGAUUUGUAAGAAGAAAGAUCCAGGUAAAAGAAAAUAUUACGAUCAUUUAUUAACAAUUUUUUUUUCGACUAAUAUAUUUUUAUAUCAAGCAUGAUGGCAGCAACGCUCGGGAGAAUAUAGGCCGAAGAUUUUGACAGAAC